CGUCCCAGCUGUGUUAGUACUAUGUAAUUCUGUCCUCCAGAACUUCAGAGCGUUCAGUAAGAGACAUGAGUGAGCAGCAGAGACAAACAAACAGCGAGAGCUGGACUGUAGACGGUCAGCUAAAGGCUCAAAGGAGUAAACACAGGACAUAGCAAAGAGACUGUCAGUAAACAAGGCCAUGCAGCAACGCAACAGGUCUUACUUAAGCUAAAAACAUGGACCUUAAUGAGUGUGAAGAAAUGAUUGAUAAUUCCGUAGACAUGGACAGGAUGAAUCGCAAUGUUCCAGAACAAGGCCGUCAGACACAUCAGGUCCUACAGAGCACGCCAUUGGACCUGAUUGAAACAGGCAAGACUCUAAAAGUCCAGGCAGAACGGCCUCAUCUUGUCAGUUUGGGAAGUGGACGUCUGAGUACGGCAAUAACCCUGCUGCCCCUGCCAGAAGGAAAGACUACACUUGGUCAUGGGAACACAGAUAUUAAUAUUCAGGGUCCUGGUGUGAUGUCUCAACAUUGCUACAUUGAGAAUGUGGGGGCAGUCAUCACUCUAUACCCCUGUGGAAACCAGUGCUCAAUGGACGGCUUAGCAGUUACCAAGCCAGUCAGACUCGCACAAGGGUGUAUGCUGUGUUUUGGCCAGUCAUCCUUUUUCCGCUUUAACCACCCAGAGGAGGCCCUCAGGAUGAAGAGUCUGAUGCCAGGUGGAAGUCCUGGAUUCACCAAUACCUACAAGAACCACUCGGAAACUCAUGGGCAGCUCAAUGGCAACCACCUUCCUCUACAUGAGCGGUCUCGUCCUGGAGCCGGCACUCUUGUGCGCUCUAUUGAGAAGGACUUUCAAGACAUUAUGAAUUCUCUAUCUAUGGACGAUGGCCAGGCUGAGCACUGUAAAAAAGCCCGUCACCCCAUUCCACAGUCUGCCAUGCUCAACGGGAGCAGCCGCAGUCUUGUCUCCACUCCAACUAGUCCUGGUGCUUUGUCUGUAAGCUCCAGCUACGAAAAUACCAGUCCUCCUUAUUCCCCCCUGUCUACUCCUUCCAUGGUUAGCAGUCCAGGGGCUUGUUUGGACUCUGCCAACACCCGCUCAAACAGCUACACCCAUACCGUUCAGGCCCCAGUGCCACAACCACGCAAUUUUACUUCCAAGAACUGCAGUUCCAAUGGGGGUCUGAAAGAUCAAGAAAGUGCCAGGAUUCAAAAAGCCUUGACUGAAACCCCUUCAAGUCCUGGUGCAAACCGUAGAGGUGACAAUACACAUGGUUCUACCUCUGGGUCUAGUCUGGUACCUGGAGACUUAGGCAGACAGGUAAACACCAGAUUCACCUCCUCAUCUUCAGCAUCUUCAAGCCCCAGAUCCAGCAUAGGCUCAUCAGUCCAAGAAUCUUCUUCCAGUAUUCAGUCCCUUUCACGUGCACUCCUUCCUCCAGACAGUCCCCAAUCAUCCCGCCGUAGUGUGGAAACAUCUAGCAUCCGUGAACUUCCUCCCCUCAGCCCAUCCACAUCACGCAGAGGUAUCCUUGGGGUGCCUGUUCUACCUGUGGCUCUACCAAGUGUGUCUUUGUCCUCUCGUGGCCGGACUGUACCAGAUAGUCCUCGUCUACAACGACGAACCACAGCUGAGGAGGAAGUUGGAAAUACGAGAUUGCACACCAGGAGUCCGUCUCCUGUAUCAACUCUUUUGAAGGACCAGUCUGGCAGUAAACAGAAAGGGGGACUCUCCUCAGCUGUCGGCUCUCAGACAGGGGUGUCUCCUCUCACCAGUCCUCGUAACCAGAGGAAGGCCUCAAGGGAGGCUCGGCAGGUCCCGCCGCGGACACGGGAGCGCAAGAACAGCAUUUCAGAGGUCAGCGACAAAGAGGAAGAUCUGCUUGAGUACCAUCGGUGGCAGAGGGAGGAGAGGAUGCGUGAGCAGGAGAUGGAGAGGCUGGAGAGGCAGAGGCUGGAGACCAUUCUGAAUUUGUGUGCGGAGUAUAAUAAGAGCGAUCCUCCGGUUGGUGUGGACGCAGGGAGGGUGUGCCUGUUCCCGGGGAUGGAGGAGGUCUCUGUUCGGCGACCGGGCCCUGACCCUGUGAGCGUGCCGGGCCAGAGCUCUCACAGACAGAGAGAAAGCGAGGAGGACAACCUCAAAGAGGAGUGUAGCAGCACUGAGAGCCAGCACCAGGAGCAUGAAGAUACUUCAGUGCUGGGCCAGCAGGAGCGUGUGUAUCUGGAGGAAGAGCGGCUCAGGAUUCUGGCACGAGUGGAUGAACUGAAGACCCGUGUCACUGACCUGGAACAGCAGAUACAGGAGUCCAGGCAAGAGGCGGAGAUGGAGAGGGCAUUGCUGCAGGGGGAGCGCAGGGCGGAGCUUGAUCAAGUGGAGGCAGAGCUGGAGAUCAUCAAUCAACUUCAGCUGAAACUGAAUGAAGUGGAAAAUGCGACUCAGAGGGAGAAGGAGAAGGAGAGAGCUAAAGUCUCAGCUGAGCGGGAUGUCCUGGCCAGACUGAAGGACUCGUACAGUGAGCUGAAAGGCCAGCUUCAUAAAUGCCCCGAAUCACUGAGGGAGCACUUACAGGAACAACUGACCAGGAAGGUGGAGGCACUGGAGUCGGCCACUAAGCGCUUUGAGGAUUUGGAGUUUCGCCAGUUGGAGCGGGAGAGUGGCAUUGAGGAGGAGAAGGAGACGGUUGGCAGGCAGCUGUUGCAGGAGAAGGCAGAGUAUCACCGGAAUGUGGCCAAAAGGAAGGAGAAAAUGGCAGCUUUGGAGAUCCAGGCUAACCAACUUGGACUUCAGGCAGCUCAGGAUUGUGAAAGAAUGGCCAAAGAUAGAACCCUGGCCCUGCAGAUGCUCCACAAGGAAAAGGAGAGACUGUCUUCCCUGGAGAAGAGAUACCAGAGCUUGACCGGUGGAAAGAAUUUCUCCAAGCCGACCAGCACAAAAGAGGAAGUGCUUUACAUCAGCGAACCCGACUUUUUAGAUGAGCUCCCUACCCAGAAUUCUCUGCUCCCCUCAUCCAGUACUCAAAGAUCCACCCCUCAGAUAUGUUCUAACAGGCCACAAGAGGAGUACCUCAAACUCUCUGAUGUAUAUAAGAUGUAUGGGAAUGGAUGUGUCCCCGCCCAGACUGCCUCUCCUAACUCGCUCUGUCUACCGCUGGCUGUAACAUCAGACACACCUCGUGAGGAGUAUGUGACGGUCAGUCAGUUAAACCAGCUGUUCGGGAUGCCUAAAGUUGACCCCUACCCCACUUCUUCCGUCCAAUCAUUCCAAGCUAUUGACCCCGCCCACUCCAGCCACACAUCCCAGUGUGGCUCCUCCCAGUCACUUCUUGUUGAGACCCAGCCUGCAUGGAGUAGACCUUCAAUCCCUAGGCUAGAUUCAGAGCGUUGGUACCAGGAGAUCAUGGCGGCUGGGCAGCCCAGUCACAGCUGUCCUCCCCCUCUGCCCGCUAAGUGUCUCUCCUCACGUAAACCAAUGCAGAUGUGUAAGCAGGAUGGAGAGACCAAUGGCACCUUAUCAGGCAGAAACACACCAACCAAAAGUCUCCCAGAUCUGUCUCCUGCUUAUUUGGACAUAGACUCCAAGAGACAGCUGGAUCUACAGAGCAGAGGGCUCUACACAUGUGAUGAUUCCAGAAUCAGGCCUAUGGAUCAUAAACUGAGCCACUGGGGGGCACCACCUUCAGGAGCACCCAUGGUCCACCACUCCAUUCUGCACCACCAGGCACCCCCAGCUGGAGAGUCCACAUAUGACACCCUGAGUCUGGAGAGCUCCGACAGCGUGGAGACCAGCGUAUCAACUGGAAACAACUCCGCUUGUUCUCCCGAAAGCAGCAACGGGCUGGCAGGACUGAGACUGGAGGAGAUGGAGAAGAUGCUGAAGGAGGCCCAGCAGGAGAAAGCCAGACUGGUGGAGAGUCGAGAGAGGGAAGUCCAGGCAAGAAAGCAGAUGCUGGAGGCUGAGAGACGGAGGAGAGAGGAGGUGGAGAGGAGGCUGCUGGAUGAAACCGCUCACAGACAGAGGCUCGUGGAGGAAGAGGUCAAGAUGAGGGAGAAACAGUGUUCUCAGGCUCGGCCAAUGACACGGUACCUGCCGAUCCGAAAAGAGGAGUUUGACCUGCGAUCACAUGUUGAGUCAUCAGGCCACAGCGUGGACACGUGUGCUUAUGUCAUUGUUACAGAGAAGAUGUGUAAGGGUCACCUCGUCAAGAUGGGAGGCAAGAUCAAAUCCUGGAAAAAACGCUGGUUUGUCUUCGAUCGACUUAAAAGGACCUUCUCUUAUUAUGUUGAUAAACACGAGACCAAACUGAAGGGUGUCAUCUACUUCCAGGCCAUAGAAGAGGUGUAUUACGAUCACCUGCGCAGCGCCACGAAGAGUCCGAAUCCUUCGCUGACCUUCUGCGUGAAGACUCAUGAUCGACUUUAUUUCAUGGUGGCUCCGUCUCCAGAGGCCAUGCGCAUCUGGAUGGACGUCAUAGUAACAGGUGCUGAAGGCUACACACAGUUUAUGACCUGAAGGAGCCAUCAGCUAUGAGAGACAUAUACAAAUUGCCAAAAAAAGCCAGCACUGAUAGAUUUCUGUCAUCGUGACUAGAGAAGAACUGAACUCAGGCUGGUUGGAUGACUGGUUAUUGUUCCAAUGAUGGUCAGAUUUUACAAAAAAAGGUAUUAUAUAAAUAUAUAUAAAGAGAGGGAGAGAGUUUCUCUGUAUUGUAACACAGAGGUGGUUACAGAACUUGCAGUAUUUUAUGGCAUUUGAAAUCAUACGCCCAGUACUUUUUUAGUAUCUCUAUAGUUUAUGGUGCCAAGUCUUCAAGUGUAUAUACAUCAUUUUAUCAACAACACACACAUUUAAUUUUAGUCCUAAAUUUAGGGAUAGUUCACCCAAAAUGAAAGUUCUCUCUUUGUUUGUCCUUUGAAGAAUGUGAGAAAUCAGUCGCUCUUGACUUUUAAUGUACUUUUUUCCCUGCUGUGGAGGUCAACAGCCAUGUUUCCAUCCACCCAUUUUUAUGUGUAUUUUGGAAAUCCGCAUAAAAAUGGUUGAUGAAAACAGCAAGAUGCGCAUACAUUUUGCGCAUAAAAAAGUAUGCGCAUAACUGAGUAGGUUAAAUGUUUUGCUUGAUAGGAAAAGAUGCGCGUAAACUGCAAAGGAAACACUUCUACCGAAUAAAUUCCAGUUUGCGCAUUAAAAAAAGUCAUGUGAUUUUGUUGUAAGAGAUCAUGUGAUGAUAAAAAUGUUUGUGAAUGAACAAAACAGUCGGCUGAGCACACUGUAAAAUAUCUGAAAUGUUAUUUUGGUC